ACUCCAGCUUGCUUGCUCUCCUCUGAGGCAUGAAAGUCACAUAUACAGGUGCGACCCCGCGGAUGGGAUUGCUCCCCAAGAGCCUUUGUGCCAUCUCGCUCCCAGCCUGCAUGUGACGAUCACCGCCCUCCUUGCAACCGGACACAAACCUAUCUCCUUGGAAACGGCAGAACUUGUUUAUAAGACAGUAAUCAGGAAACUAAUGGAUGCAUAGCAGCUGCAAGCAUGCAAGGGAGCCAUGUUCCACCAGAGGACAUUGGAAAAGCUAUGGAUUCUGAAUCAAAGAACAGUUUCACAGGAAGCUUUCUUCAGCCACCAGAUAAGAUGCUUCCUACAGCCUUUGCUUAUAUAGAAUCAAAGAAGCUGGCAGCUGUUGGUGGUUACAGGCCUUCUACCCCCAAUAACCAAGUUUUGGUGGCAGCCCUGAAAACUCUUCAAGAAAAGAUCCGCCGGCUAGAGUUGGAGAAGUCACUGGCUGAAGAUAAUCUGUGCAGCCUCUCCGUAGCAGCUGCUCAGUAUAAGAAGGCCUUAGAGCAUGAAUCCUACAAAAAGGACACAGCACAUCAAAAAAUGAUGCAACAGAGGAAAGAUAUAAGUGUGCAGUUAAAUGCAGCACAAUCUCGCUGCUCCCUGCUGGAGAAACAGCUGGAUUACAUGAGGAAAAUGGUUUCCAGUGCGGAACUGGAAAAGAAAAUGAUUUUACAACAGGCUCAGCUUCAUAAAGAGGAACAUCAGAACCAGUUAGAACUGUGUGCAAAACUUGAAAAUCUUGAAAUGCUAGAAGAAGAGUGUCUUAAGUUUACUGCUACUCAGAGAAUUGCAGAAGACAAGAUCAAACACUUAGAAGAAAAUCAUUGUAAAGAAGAGCAUGAGUGUAAGCUAAUACAAGACAAAACUGCUCAGCUUAAAACAGGAUUUGAGAUAAACAGAAUUUUAAUGUCUCCAGUAACGUCUCAAAAUAAACCUAAAAAGGAAAAUGGGAAGAAGAAAGAAACUAAGAAGAGAAAUCCUACAAUGAAGAAAAUGCACCUUUCACAAUUACAUGUAAUGGCUGGUGAACUACCUUUUGUAGCUGGGAAGUCUAUCAGCUCCAGCCAUUCUGUUAGUGCAAACAUACAAAGUGUGUUGCAUAUUAUGAAGCAUCUUAAUCCACAUAUCUCAUCACGAAGCCAAGGAGAAGUUACGUCUGGGAUUUCAGGAUGCAGCACACUUUCAAAAUCUGCAUCUUCUUAUUCUACAUCAUCUAUGGCUACCGAAAGUCUUUCAGACCUUCUGCUGGCCAUGCAAGACGAGCUGGGCCAAAUGAGCUUUGAGCGUCAAGAACUUCUGAAGCAGAUACAGGAGACCCAAGACUCUGAAGUUUAUGAAGACCUAGAACAGGAGUUGAAUUGCCUUGCAAAACAAAUGGAGAUUAAAGGAGAACAAAUAUCCAAGUUGAAAAAGCAUCAGGCAACUGUGCAGAAAUUAAAGAGAAAAACUCAGAAAUUGAAGCAAGGGGCAGCUCAUGUCAAACGAAAGUGUGGUGACCAAAAGGAAGCAAAGGAGAUUGCAGUCGCCGUAAGGGAAAGUACUCCUGGGCAGAAAAGCAGAAGCUCUCUUCAGCUGCUAAAAAAUGUGCAGAAACUUCAGUCAAGACUGAAAAAAAAUUAUAUCAUGUGAGAACAAUAGUUCUGAAGUUUACUGUGUUAGAAGUUUUUGAAGUCUGACAGCUAGUAAAUUUUUAAUUUCACAAAAUGCCUUUUAAAAAUAAAAAAAAUUAAAAACAUUUUAGUAGGUCAGUUUGUUCACCUCAGAAAUAACUUUCAUGUAGGGUAGCUAUAAUUCAGCUACACUGACUUGUAAUGAAGUGUUUUAAUGGAUUAAUUAAAUGCUUACUUGUUAACUUGCCAAAUAAAAUUUUAUA